AGCAGAUUUCCUUGAUGGAGUGUCUGGUUCCCUGCAGCGAGAUUUGGUAUUUCUAUUCAUACUCGCAGGUUGAUGCCCCCAGCGCCUCGUCCCCCACACCCGGAGUCCUGUGUCCUGGAGACAUCACAGGAUGUCUCAGCAGCCGCUCUCUUCCGGGUACGGAUUUCAGAUCUGAUUGAAAGCUCUGUCUUCCCUAUUGGGUGACUCACAGAGGAAGAUAAGAGGAAACAGUGCCCAGAAUUCAGCUACCAUCUCCCAGACAUUUCAACAACUCUCCAGUUGCCUAGACUCCUUAAGUCAACCCUGGAAAGCAACAGACUCAAAUUCUUCAUCACAGUACAUGCAUACAACUGUCACAGAGCAAAGCUCGGUAACCACCUUGACAUUGCCUGUUUCUGUGAUGCUGAAGACAUUCUCCUUCCUGUGCAUUACCAAGAAGAUUCAAAUUUCCAGAGUUUGUAGGCUUUGGAAGAUGCUCGUUGAACAUUCUGCACUAUGGAGAUGUGUACCUGACACCUUGCAGGGUACAAAUGGCUUUGCCUGCUUAGUGCUUGGACUGUAUGUGAGUGAUAACCCAGAGAAAGACAGCAGGCAACUGAGUUAUUGACAAUGCAGCCAUUGGUGAGUAUGGAAAGCCUCCGUCUACUUAAAUUAUACUGCUGCUGACAGCAGUGGGCAGGUUUCUCCUACUAGCAUUGAUGUGCUAAGUGUAUUCAGGAAGUACUCAAGGAUUUGAGCCCCGUGGAAUGUUCCCAGGACUCUGAGAUAGAUAUAAUGGGUCACAACCCCUCAAUAGCUAAUACUCUUUCUAACAUCAUACUGAUUUAUUCCAGCAGAUUGUGUAUUUACAGAAGAAAUACAAGAAGUUUUCUUUCUCUAAUUCAGAUCAUUGGGAAAUAAUUCACUCAUUAAUUGUGUUAUUGGCUAUAAUGGUAUGAGGGCUGUGACAAAUAGAGAUGGGCGAGGAGCAGAACAUUAUGGUCCAAUAGGGAGGCAGUGGUUUCAUCAGGUGAGGCCAGUCAAUCCAGUGUUACAGGUCCUGGGUGAGGGCUGUGAUG